GUGACUGGCCAAUGGUCUUUUUCUUGGCCUAGAAGGGCGCAGGGAGCUGAAGGUAACCGAGUGGCAGCGAUCGAGUCCCGGCGAAGUCUGUCGCGGAGUCACGGUGAAAAACACCAACAGCCACAAAAUGCCGAAUAAAACUAAAAAGGAAAAGGAACCAACCAAAUCUGCCAAAAGUAGCACUAAAAACAGUAAUGCCACUAGUGGGAAAGACACAGGAACUGAAAAUGCAGAUGAGGCGCAGCAGCAGCAAACUGCCAGCAAGCGUCCCAGCAACAGCACCCCACCACCCACUCAGCUCAACAAGAUCAAGUACUCUGGCGGGCCCCAGAUCGUCAAGAAGGAGCGUCGCCAGAGUUCGUCACGAUUCAACCUCGCCAAGAACAGAGAGCUGCAGAAGCUUCCUGCCCUCAAAGAUGCGCCCCUUAUUGACCGGGAGGAGCUGUUUGUGCAGAAGCUGCGGCAGUGCUGCGUGCUCUUUGACUUUGUCAUGGAUCCUCUGAGCGACCUGAAGUACAAGGAGGUGAAGCGUGCCGGUCUGAAUGAGAUGGUGGAGUACAUCACGCACAACCGCGAUGUGGUCACCGAGUCCAUCUACCCAGAGGGUGUCAUCAUGUUUUCAAUCAACUUGUUCAGGACCCUACCACCAUCCUCCAACCCCACAGGGGCUGAGUUUGACCCAGAGGAGGACGAGCCCACAUUAGAGGCUGCCUGGCCACACCUACAGCUGGUGUAUGAAUUCUUCUUACGAUUCCUGGAGUCCCCUGAUUUCCAGCCUAACGUCGCUAAAAAAUACAUUGACCAAAAGUUUGUACUGUCUCUCCUGGAGCUGUUUGACAGUGAAGACCCCAGGGAGCGGGACUUCCUGAAGACCAUCCUCCAUAGGAUCUACGGCAAGUUCCUGGGCCUCCGGGCCUACAUCCGCAGACAGAUCAACAACAUAUUCUACAGGUUUAUAUAUGAAACGGAGCAUCACAAUGGAAUCGCAGAGCUCUUAGAAAUCUUAGGAAGCAUAAUCAAUGGCUUUGCCCUGCCAUUGAAAGAGGAGCACAAAAUGUUCCUGAUCCGAGUGCUGCUGCCGCUUCACAAAGUGAAGUCACUCAGCGUCUACCACCCACAGCUGGCAUAUUGCGUUGUGCAGUUCUUGGAAAAGGACAGCAGUCUAACUGAACCGGUGAUCAUGGGCCUGCUGAAGUUCUGGCCUAAGACCCACAGCCCCAAAGAGGUGAUGUUCCUCAACGAGCUUGAGGAGAUCCUGGACGUCAUUGAGCCCUCUGAGUUCGUCAAGAUCAUGGAGCCGCUGUUCAGACAGCUGGCCAAGUGUGUGUCCAGUCCACAUUUCCAGGUGGCAGAGAGGGCGCUGUACUACUGGAACAAUGAGUACAUUAUGAGCCUGAUCAGCGACAAUGCAGCCAAGAUCCUCCCCAUCAUGUUCCCUGCUCUCUACAAGAACUCCAAAAGCCACUGGAACAAGACAAUCCAUGGGCUGAUCUACAACGCCCUGAAGCUCUUCAUGGAGAUGAACCAGAAGCUGUUUGAUGACUGCACCCAGCAGUACAAGGCCGAGAAACAGAAAGAGAAGUGCAAGCUGAAGGAGCGUGAGGAGGUCUGGCACAAGAUAGAGGAGCUGGCCAAGCAUAACCCACAGGUUACCAACCUCCGACCUGGUCUCCACCCACAAGAAGAGUACAUGAUGUACAGUGAGAGUCCGGGAGGGGUGCCCUUGUACUCCAUGGAGACGGAGACGCCCACUGCUGAGGACAUUCAGCUGCUGAAGAAGACUGUCGAGACAGAGGCCACACAGGUACAACUACCAGCACACUCCCAGGGGAUGAAGGACAUCAAGAAAGACAAGGUGAUGAUCCGGCGGAAGUCGGAGCUGCCGCAGGACGUGUACACUAUAAAAGCCCUGGAGCAGCACAAGAGAGCGGAGGAGUACCUGACGGCCAACGAGGAGGCCCUCUGACCAGGGAGCAGUGGCACUCCUCCCUCCCUCUAUGUCGCAUCCAAACAGUCACCUGCUUUACGCCCCCUCUUCUCCUCCACUCCUCCAUCUCUGCCGGAGAUCCCCAUCUGCAGAAAAAAACAGGGCCAUCACAGAGACGGACAAGAACACACAUACUCCUAUGCGCACACAUAGGAACAUACAGACCUACAAUUGUUCCAGCUUGCACAAAAAUACUCACACAUACUUGACUACAGUGGGCCGAUCAUUAGGUUGCACGAGGACAACAAUAACACAACAGUAGUAUUAAGUGUAAACAUCCGUGAAGCAUGUUUCUUUGUUUCCUUUCGGAACCCAGCAUUACCUAUAGAGGGCAGUAGAUUGUGAGUGAUUCUCUUGCGAGCUUGCUAGCUUGUCUGGCGUGAGAGGGUGUGGGUUAUAUGUAUGGUUUGGUGGAUAAUGGGGCCAUGCUCUAGUCUAGCUGGAAGUCUAGUGGAAGUAGUGGUUCUGCUCUGUAAAAACCCCUAGCUGUCAGGUCAUGCCCAGGGAACAUAGUAAAUGUUGGGGAAGCCAAAUCUGGGACACAAUGCUUACAAGACAACUUAGUAGUGCUGAGCUAUUAUCCGAAAUGUAGGUUGUUUUUCGUUUUUUUAAUAACUAAUUGACCGACAUUGGUUCAAUUAUUUGAAUUCCAUUUUAUUUAUUUAAUUUUUUGUGAGCUCAA